UACAUUAUUAUUUGAUACAUAUUUUGACAUAUUAAUCCUUAUUGUCAAAUAACUCGUCAUAUGCUUGUUCUUUGAACAGCUGAUCCCAAUCGAUGAAACUAUGGCAACGUUAAGGAAACAAACCGCUGUCAUUGCCCAACGUGAGGGUGACGGAUCGAACUGGGGAGUAUUAUUCCUUUUUCCUUCCCGUCACAUUUAACGGUCAUAAAUCUACUAGCUAUAAAUCUGGAUCGCGACAAGAGCCAUCGGACAAUUCGCUCCCUGGUUUAUUCACGCUCGUCGUCAUACAGACUCUAAGAGCAAUCGUCGAAGGACGCGCCGAUGGACCCUCCUCGGCGCCGACCAUGGAUAUCAAGGACAGCAGCGACGAGGAGGACGAGAGAACGCGCGACAUCCCGACGUUCGGUAAAUUCGACGAGGCGAUCGUGGUACGUAACGCCGAGGAGAUCAAGAGCCCGGUGAGCCGCAGGCCCGCGAGUUCCAGGAGGACCAGGAGGAGCGUGACGAGCGACAGCACAAACACGUUGGUGUCCAACUCGCCGCGUGGCAACAAGCACGAAUUCAGGAGAUACUCGAACAACGAUGUCGGCUUUGAGAAAUCAAUGGGGAUCGGCAGCGAUCCUUCGGACAGCGAGGAGAGCGACGACGACGAUAUACAGGGUAGCAGCGUCGCGAAGCCGAUUGACCUGUACGAUCCUAAGGAAUUCGAGAACCUGGAGGCCUCGACGGAGGUCAAGGAACUGUUCCAAAACAUAAUAAGGUACGCGCCACAGAGAAUCGAGCUCAACUACAAGCUGAUGCCAUUCGUUCCUGAUUAUAUACCAGCAGUCGGCGACAUAGACGCCUUCAUAAAGGUGCCGAGGCCUGACGGGGUCGAAGAUAAGGUCGGUUUGACCGUGCUGGAUGAGCCCUGCACCGAUCAGUCGGAUCCGGCGGUGCUGCACCUGCAGCUGCGCAAUCAUUCCAGGAGCGCCGGCGCCGCUGCGAGACAGGCGGUCGUCAAGAGGAUAGAAGACGCCGAGAAGAACAGCAAGUCGAUCGAUAAAUGGAUCGACGAUAUGAAUCAGCUGCACAGAAGUAAACAUUUGCCAGGCGUGCAGCUAAACCGCGCGAUGCCGGAUAUAGAUGGAUUGAUGCAGCAGUGGCCGCCCCAGGUGGAGGACAAGCUCAACGACGUGCAGCUGGAUUUAUCGGAGCUUGACUGCGACCUGCCGCAACUGGUCGACGUGGUCUGCAACCUUCUGGACAUUCCUACGCGAGAGAACGCCCGACUGGAGGCCCUCCACACGCUGUUCACGCUGUACCUGGAAAUCAGAAAUGUCGAGAGCCGGAACUUUAGUUAGCAUUAGUGAAUCGGACUGUAUAUAAGUAGUUAAGAGACAGCUUGAGUGCUCUAAGAGUCACGUUUAGUAUAUUUAUGUUUAUAACUCUAUAUGAAUUCAUAUUGGUAUCUAUAUAAAUGAUUGUAAACAGUUGCAA